AUGACAUUUAUCCAUCCUCCACGUUGUUUUGCCUAUAGCAGUGCAGCAGCUGCUAAAUUUAUAAGCGGCCGCUGUCAGAUUUGGCCGAUAGUAUGUGUGUGUGUGUGUGUAUUUCCCCCUCUCUCUCCUCUCUCUCUCUCUACAAGAUCACCACAGCUCUCAGAGCAUCACUGUCCAAAUAUCCCGUCAGCCGUGCACAUCGCCUCUGACUUUCUCUGGGAUACGGUGGCACCAUAUACUCAUCACUGCAUUCCCACGCUGCUUUUUAUCACACACACGCACACACCAGGCUGCUGCUUUUUUAACCAAGUAUUUAUUUAUGCUCAUUGUUUAACCUCAGUCGGGUCAAUGUAUAUAGACGCGUUCAAACGGAUCCUCUUUGAAAGGCUGAACUGCUUGAAAAGAAUGUGUGUGUGCCAGCGCCAAGGCAGCUCGUUUGCCAUGUCUAAGACAGCGGUGAAGAAGCUGCACUGGUGUUCCAAGGUGCAGGACAGCUUCGUCCCCUUGCUAGGCUCGUCGGGGGAGCUGGGGAUCGCCAUUGGUGGAGGAGCAGAUUAUGGAGAGUUUCCUUUUGUCACGUCGGCUCCGGGGGGCGGACUCACAGUGGGUGAUAUCAUCCUAGAGAUUGGGGGAACACCAGUAUUAGGGAUGACAUUAGGAGAUGUCCGUGGUGUCCUCAACUCCUGCCCCCAUCCUAUCCGCAUCAAAACUGUGUCACCAGGCUCCACAUUGUGCAAGGAUCUCAGGUUGUAUUUGAGUAAGUGCUUCACACCCGGCUCAGUGGACAGCCAACUUCAGCAGGUCAUCCGAGAGAACCUCUACCUCCGCGCUGUACCUUGUACAACCAGACAGCCCAGAGAUGGGGAAAUCUCAAGGGUAGACUACAACUUCGUCUCCAUUGAGGAGUUCUUCUCCUUGGAAGAGUCAGGAGUGCUGCUUGAGAGUGGAAAGUUCAAAGGGAAUUACUACGGCACCCCCCGGCCUGUUCACAUCAGCGCAGAGAGCCCCCCCAUCACCUACCAGGAACACCGCAACCUGCUUAGAAACUUCCGCACACGCAGCAAAUCACUCAGCAACCUGGAGAAGGCUGUAGAAGACGGCGAGAACAGCGAGGAAGACUCAGGCCUGUCAGGAGGUUCUGCAGGUCUAAGCAGCAGCGUCCCUCCUAGCCAUCGGUCCCCCGGUCGGCCCCGGGCAUCCAGCAGCGGGGAUGGCCGUGUCAUAGAGAACGGGAUCAUCGGCAGCAGAAGUAGUGCCAGGCUGACGGGUGUGAUGGCUGAUCACUGGGAGCAGGCCUUCAGUGACCCAGGAGAGUCUCACUACAUAGAUCGCAACCCAAAGAGGACCAGCUGGCAGAGUCCUCGAGCUGCAAGCAGGGAGACCGUCUACAAAAAUGAAUGGUUCACAGACCUGCCUGGGGAGCUCAGGGGUUUCCCCGUGCACACACACUUGACCAAGGGUUCCAGAGGGUUUGGUUUCAAUAUUGUCGGGGGCAGCAGGCCAAGAGAGUUCCUCCAGGUCUACAGUGUGACUGCAAGUGGACCCUCAGCACUCAAGACAGCGGACAUCCUGGUGUACAUCAAUGAUGUUUGUGUGUUGGGAGUGUCUCACAAAGAGGUGGUAGAGAUGCUCAAGUCGGUGCCUGUUGGCCACAGUGUGGAUGUAGAGGUUAGAAGAGGGUAUCCCAUGCUCUACAACCAUGACGGUUGUCCCAAGCAGCCCCCGCCAAGGCUACUGGACAGCGGGGAACCCAUAUUACCACCCACCACCACCCAGCCUCAGCCUCUGCACCAAAUACCUCGCCUCCCAACACCCACUCCCCAGACCCAGCACUUUAACUUUAAUGGCGUCCACAGUGACGGGAGCUACAUGGAACCAGGGGUGACUCUAGACGCUAAUGGAAACGCCACAGCUUUCGCUACCAGACAGCCGUCCUCAUACAGACGCUCCAGUUUGAGCAACACUGCCUCUUCCUCCCCCAUGCUUCCUCCUCGUUCCCUAAGAAGUUUAGCCAGGCUGCAGUCAUUCGACCCAACGCUUGCCAGCCAGAGUGACAGUGAAGUUGUUUCUGCCAUUGGUUCACACAGGGCAUCAAUGAUCCGUAAUCACAACAAUAACUCCCUCUCAACACCCCCUCAUCCUUUGCGUCACGGCACAUCCAAGUCGUCUGAGAGUGACCUGUCUACCUGCACCCUGUCGGGGUCCCAGCUGCCCCUGCCUCAAUCACCGAGGAGGCCCAUGUCCUCCCCCGGCGGCCCCCACAGCGCUCAUUCCCACCUCUUCAGACCGCAGACCUCCCACCUCAGACCUCCUCCCACUCCUGACAGCCCCCACCACCGCGGCUUCAACGGUUUCCAUGGCAACACUAGCCCCACUGCGAGUCCCAGCAGUGUGUCCUCUCCUGGGGCGAUGAGUAUGGGCAGUGGAGGAGAGCUGGUGCCAGUGGCCUUGGCCCAGACUGAAGGAGACCGAGGACUUGGCUUCAGCCUGACGGCUGGCGGUCCAGGAGGCAGGAUGACUAUAGUGAAAAGAGUUUGGGACAGGAAGCAGUGCAACUCCCUGCAGCCAGGGGAUGCUAUUGUCAAAAUCAACGGAGCAGAUGUCCAGAGUCUUAACUUUGCACAGGUACAAACAGUUCUUCUGGAACACACCAAACUGGCAGAAGUCAUCUUGUUGGUUUACAGAGGAGGCAUCUAUCAUUCAGCCGUCUCCCUUGGUUCCAUUCGGAGACUCCCUCCACCUCUACUCCGGCCCCCUCCUCCACCUGUUGGUUCAGACAACUCCUCUGUGCUCCCAGAAGCACUGCCUAUGCCCCGUACUUCCAUUAGCGCCCCUCCUUCCCCAGCCCUGAUGCCCUCCUCGCUGAUCCAGAGCACCAGUUUCUUGGAGUCAAUUCCAGUGACGCUGACCAUGGAACCCAAAGACUGGAUCAACACGGGCCUGGAGGACGAGGCGGGCGGUGACACAGCGCCUGAUUCAGGUCUGGAGAGGCAGGGUGGUGAACGAACUCGGCCGCUCCGAGGGUUUGAUGUGGAGCUGAGGAGAAAGCCAGGAGAGGGCUUUGGGUUCGUCAUUGCCUCUCAGGAUGUGGAGAAUGGCAAAGCUGCUUCACUUCUCCCUCACCGGUUUGUGACAGUCCGUCGAGGCAGCCCAGCGGCCAAGAGUGGCCAGAUCCGGCCUGGAGAUCGAUUAGAGGCAGUAGAGGGACGCUCCGUAGUGACUCUGCCUCAUCGGGAGCUUGCUCAGAUCCUUCGUCGAGCGGGAAAUACUCUACGCCUCACCAUUGUCCCCCGUCCCAGCACCUAUAAUUCAAGCCUUUCAGAAACCACUGAGUAUGACCCCGGUCACAGAAGCAGAAAGGGUCAGAGGUCGCGUCCAAAGCGUGACUCCAGGUAUUACAGUGUAGACCUGGAUCGUGGCCAUUCAGGCUUCGGCUUCAGCCUCCGAGGGGGCAGUGAGUACAACAUGGGCCUCUACGUCCUGGGACUGAUGGAGGGGGGGCCGGCCUCACGGAGCCAAAAAAUGCAGGUCAGCGACCAGCUCGUGGAGAUCAAUGGAGACAGUACAGCAGGGAUGACCCACAGCCAGGCGGUUGAGCAGAUCCGCAGAGGAGGCCACCGCAUCCACCUGGUCCUCAAGAGAGGAAAUGGAUACGUGCCUGACUAUGUGGAGCUCUCCAGUUUGUCUCUAUGUAUGACCAACUCCAAGCUAGGCGAGCCUUGCUUCUAUGUCAUUGGACGGACAGAGAAUACGCGGUUGGUAAUGGUUCCUGCCGUAAGCACAGAAUCACCUCCCCCUCCCCCCUGCAUCACCCCAAGGAGCAGGGUUUGGCUGCAGUAGACUCCACCGGGCGGAAGGGGCACAGCUCCAAGCAGAAGAGGAAAAGCAGGUCUUCGAAUGGA